AUGGUGCAAAAUCAGUCAAAGGGCAUGCAAAAGAAGGCGGUAUCUCGCAAACCAGACGCAUCCCAUACAAAGAAAGGAAAGCGAGUGAUUGCACCCAAGAAGAAAGAUGCAGUCAAACACGACCAGCUCAAAAAGUCUCUUUCCUCCAAAAUCAACCGCUCAAUAGAGAAACAGAUUGUCGGUGCAGCUGGGAACUCGAAGCUUACGAUCGUGAGGAAUGAGGUUUCGUAA